UUCCCAACAUUUCGACGUAUUAUGCUUUAUACAGCCAUCGAAAGAGAAGUCACUUUUCUAUUCUCAAAAAGGACUGACAAAAUUGAGAGCAGAUGCAAUUCCUACGUUACAUUUAACGUUUGACAUGUCGGAAGUAGAAACUACUUAUUUUGAUAAAAGACCAUUACCAUUAAUUGAUACAUCGGAUACAUUAGAAUCAACAUGCAAUGACAUAUUAACUUCUGAAUCAAAGUGCAAUGACACAGCUGACACAUUUAGUGAUAAUAUAUCUGUGUCACAAGAAAUCCAAUUGAUUCACAAUACACCGAUACUAUCUACAUCUGAGGAUGUAACUGUUCUCUCAGAGAAACUUAAAAGUGUUCAACAGCAAUUAACAUUGGCACAAAAUAAAUUGCGCAUAUAUGAAGAGAAAGAGGAGAAAUGUAAUGAAAAUUUGGAAGCAAAAAUGUACGAUCUGCUUGGAAAAUCAUUUACACCGGGGCAGAUACGCUGCUUUCUAAAUCCAUCAAAAAAGUAUGUAACAUGGUCUUCAGAAGAUAUAGCAAAUGCCAUAUCGUUACGAUCUGUCAGUCCUAAAGCGUACCGAUAUUUGAGAAAUGUUUUGAGGAUACCUCUCCCUGGUUUAUCGACACUUAGAAGAUAUGCCUCAUCUUUUGAAACUAGUGCGUAACCACUUCGUCGACAAGGAGUUUCAUGUUAAUGGAACAAUUGUAAAU